AUGAGGGUGAAGGAUCGAAAGACAGUAACGACUGCUCUUGCAAUGAACAGUGAACCUACUAUGCUGUCUAAUAUCAUUCAAAGUGAAGCCUUCAGCAAUCUUGGACGUCUCCUGCGAGUUACAGCCUUGGUUCUGAAGUUUAUUAAGCUAUUAAAGGCACAGCGACAGGGAGAUGUGAAUCAGAAGCCGGAGAUACGUGUGACCGGUGCAGACAUAGAAGAAGCCGAACUUCUAUGGAUCAAGGAAGUACAACGAGAGAUGAAGAGUAAGGAGAAGUUUAAGAUGAGGUCGCACCAGCUAGGGUUGUUUGAGGACGAUAAGGGAGUUAUUCGAUGUCAAGGUAGACUCGGGAACAGCGAGCUUACAGAUUCUGCGAAGUAUCCAAUCUUGCUUGACGCUAGCCACCACUUAACUACACUUGUAGUCUGGAGAUGUCACGAAAGAGUCAUGCAUGGAGGAGUUAAGGAAACACUCACCGAGUUGAGAUCGAACUUUUGGAUUGUUCGAGGCCGAUACUUUAUCAGACGUUUGUUGUUUAGAUGCACAGUUUGUAAGAAGUUUGAAGGGAAACCGUAUAAGGUUCCACAAGCUCCACCCCUGCCUAACUACAGAGUCAAAGAGGCGCCUGCAUUCUCGUACAUCGGUUUGGAUUAUGUUGGACCUCUUUUUUGUGAAGUCUACCAGUGACGAAGAAUGUAAGGUCUGGAUUUGUUUGUUUACUUGUUGUUCUACGAGGGCGGUCCACUUCGAGGUUGUGCCCAAUAUGACUUCAGAGGCAUUUCUGAGGUGCUUCAGAAGAUUUGUAGCUCGUCGUUCAAGGCCUUCUUUAGUGGUAUCAGACAAUGCCAAGACCUUCAAGAGUGCUUCUAAGGAGCUUGAGAAGAUUACAAGUGAUCCCAGUGUUGUUAAGUACUUUGCCCAAGAGAAGAUCAAAUGGUCCUACAACUUAGAGAAAGCCCCAUAGUGGGGAGGCUUUUACGAACGACUUGUCAAGUCACUGAAGAGAUGUCUUAAGAAGACAAUCGGCCGAGCCAAGCUUUCCUAUGAUGAACUUGUAACUGUUGUUACAGAAGCUGAAAUGAUCUUAAAUUGCCGACCCAUUUCAUAUGUCUCUUCUGAGGACCUGGAGGAACCCCUCACACCGUCCCACCUCAUUGUUGGUCGAAGACUCGGCGCCCUUCCUGAAAUAGACAGUCCUGCAGAUACGGACUUUAGAAUUUCGCCGGACGACCUGAGCAGAAGAGCAAGACACCUUGAUAUGAUUCUGACUCAUUUUUGGAAGCGUUGGAGAGCAGAA